AUGAGCACCACACAAGACCAGAGUAAUCUGGGCAAGAGAAUGGCCGCCAGCCCACAGAAGGUCCAACACCGGCCCAAGAAAAGCUCCACGGAUGGGUUGCAUACCGCAUUUCUCGCUCCAAUCGGUGGCUCCCCUCGCUCCAAUCGAAGUCCAAAUGGACCUGGUCCAACAUUGACCCCGACAUCCGUUUACAACACAACUACUGGCGACUACUUCGGUGAGACGUGGCAAAGUCGCAAAGCUAACACUAAGCUCGGGGAGCCUGUCACGGCCAUGUCGAUUCAGUACGUCACGACUGGUGCCCAGAAGCCUCGUCGCAUCGAUGAUGUGAACGAAGAUCGCACCUCACCACUACCGCCAUCGAAAUCGGCCUCCAAGUCGGAUUUGCGGUCAUUGGAUGAUGCCUCGGUCGCGACUGCUAUCCCUGCCGAACCGAAGCGAAGUCGAGGACACCGCAGUCCUACUCAGAAAUCAAUGCUGUCCAAAGCCCUGGCAAAAGCCAACAGUGCCGUCCUCCUCGACAACUCGUCCAAGAUAGAUGGAGCGAUUGCAGCAUACGCUGAGGCCUGCGACCUGCUCCAAGAAGUCAUGGUUCGAAGUUCAGACAUGGACGAUCGCAAGAAGUUGUCUGCUAUCCGCAAAACCUAUUCGUAUCGCAUUGCUGAGCUUCAUGAUCUUGAUGACCCUUUUGCCAAUCUAAUCGACAAGGAUUUGCCGGACGAUCCUCCUUCAGACGAAGGCAACGACAGCUUUUUUCAGUCAGCCGGUGGACCAUCGACCGUGGAGGCGUUGGAACAAGUUCACAUUCCACCUCGACAGGAAUCGUUAUUGCCACAGAUCUAUGGAGGAGAGAAAUAUCUUGACGAUAGCAAUGUCGGGAGAGCACGACAGAAACCAUUGCCACUACCGAGGGCUUCUAAUCUGAAUGUCCCGAUGGAGUCAAAGUACAUGCCGCCACCUUUAUCGCCUCGAAGAUUGAACCCUCCAACUCCCGCCGAGACAUCCUCUGAACCGACUCCCGAGGAGGCCAUUGCAUCACACCCCAGACCUCUUCGACGAGGUAGCAGUGAGUCGACUUCUUGGCUUGACACCAUUGACGAUGGCGAGUCGCUGCACUCAUCUUCGUAUAAGUCUCGGUUGUCCAGGCUUUCUGCCAUGGGCCUCCAGCUCACCAACAAUAGCCUUGCAAAUGAGAUUGAGGCUGAGUUUGAUGCUGCUUUGAACGCUGCAGUUGAUGCAGCCUACGAAAGUGAAGAUGCACUCGGGACGGAAGACACCCCUCGAGUGGAGCAAAAGAGCACUUUAUUUGGAUCAAGACUCCCUCUACAAUUGAGCAACCAGCAGAAGCCUGCUCAGACCGAGCGACCCCGGGCCGAUUCGGACCUCGAGUCAACAGACUUUCUAGACGAGGAUACAACAGAAGAGGAGGAGCGCCUGCUGGAUGAGAUGACACAAGGAUUUGUGCUGGAUGACUUUGGCUUUGAUCACAAGUCGAAAUCUGCCUUACCUAGACAAUCCGACUCCAGCACUUUCUCCGGUAGAACACUUUCGAGCUCAAACCAAUCCACGACAAUGACGACAGCUACAAAUCUGAGUACGCUAGCCGAAGCCAUUGAGCCAACAAAGCCUGUACCGUCGAAGGAUACACCGCUUCCACCACCGCCUACAGUUGCUGAGUCCAUGUCGCCUCCAAAGGCUGUCGGACUCUCAUCCCCGCCUCACAAGCCAGAACGCCUGAGCGCAAUCAACUUGCGAGAUCGGAGACUGUCGGGGCAGAAUGCAUUGAAGAUAGAGACUUAUGCUCCUGCUCGCGGUACAGCUCAAUCUCACCCUAAAGCUCCGCCCAAGAUUGAGAUACCCAUAGGGCCAGAUGUUCAGAAGCCACUGCCUCCUCCUGGUCCUCCCUCAACCGGGACUGUACCAGUCACACCGCUCACAUCCGUUCAUUCGAACGAGUCUCAGGCAAGCGAAUCGCCAGCAACUCCCGCAUUGACCCAAGGUGGUUCAAGAAACAGUAUGGACGAAACAAGUGCGGCACCUUCAUCACCAGCUAAACUCAGCAAGAUGAUGCCUCCUCCUUCCACGGUCAUGAGGAAGAAUGUGUCUUCGACAAGCCUCAGGCAGAAGAAUCUGUCUGUUAGCGGUAUCAACGACGACCCGUCUCCGUUGACGCCUAGCAGUGCGAUGGGUUCAGCCUCGGGAAUGUUCGGUGACAGGAAGAACAAUGUGCCCCCUCUUCCCACACCGACCACCGCAACAUUCACCCACCAAGCUUCAUUCUCCGGUGGUUGGCACCUCUUCGACGACCACAUCGGGACUGCAGCAUCUCCACGAACGCCACGUUCGCCGGACGACGCACCACAGGCAGACCCGCCCGUUCCACUGGAGCCCUGUCCCGAAUCCUUCCUCUUACGGCCGUGGUGGCUGAUGCGAUGUCUGUAUCAAGUUGUUGCUCAUCCUCGUGGCGGAUAUUUGACGACCAAUCUCUUCCUCCCACGAGACAUCUGGCGCGUUAAGAAUGUCAAAUUAAGAUUCUUGGAGGACAAAAUCUCGCAGUGCGAUAUUUUGACCGCUGCCCUUCUUGGCCUAGCGAAGGUGGACAACUACGACGCGGAUGCGAUGCUCAUCGCGAUGCAAUCGUUUGAGAAUGAGCUUGAGAGAGUGCGUGUCGUGCUACAGAAGAAGAUGGGUAAUGAAGUGGGACUUUCGCACUCGACCAACGUGUUCAAAUCACCCACAGAUGAGACGGAUCCGAUGUCGGUAAAGACACCAACAUCCAGCUCUGCAGCGAAGUCGUUUGCGUCUGGGUGGAGGAAGCUCAGGUCCAAAUCCAGCACUCCCGCCAUGCCCAACGGUGGGGGAGGUGUAUCAAAAGACCCAGCACUUGCAGCAGCACUGACAAUGCCGUCAUUACCAAUGACGUCGUCGAAUUCAGUCAAAACCUCGUCGAGGGGCAAUGGGCACCGGCACAAGAUCGCGCCACCAACGCCGAGUCAGCUCACCAAUAUCCCGGUCAUGCACGCAACGUAUAUGUCGAGCUUGGCCCGAUUGUUUGAUGCGGCACAGAUUCUUGAUGCCAUCGCCAGGCAAGUGGAGGAUCCUGGUCUGAAAGCCUCCAACAAAACCCAUGUCGGCCUCGAGCUCAGUGUCAGGAGCGCAGCUGAAUUCUUUGCCUUUUUCAUGAUUCGUUUCGUGAUGGCCGAUAUCAACAUACUGGUUGACAAGUUCUUGAAGAGAGGAGCCGAAUGGGUGCUCGCCUGA